AUGGUUCUAUAUUUUCCAAAUUUGGUAUACAUUAGCGCUCUCCUUAUCCAGAUACAUGCAGAUGAAAGGAGUGCGCUAUACUCAAAACUUUUUGCAAAUUAUAACCCCUCGAUUCGACCAAAACAAGAUGCCAGUUAUGUCACCAACGUUACCGUAUACCUAUCGCUGUUUUCAGUGCUAUCAGUGAACGAACAAAUGCAAACAAUUCGUUUCACUGUUGACAUGGCAGUUGAAUGGACGGACCCAUUAUUAACCUGGACACCAAGUGAUGGCGAUAUAACGACACUCAAAAUACCCGAGCAAAGCAUAUGGACCCCCGAUGUCAUGCUGUUUUCUGCAAUAUCAAAGCAGCACUUGAUCGAUUAUAAUAGAAGAGUUGUUGUGUUGAAAAAUGAUGGUUCCAUAGUGAAAGCUGGGCCACAGAUCGUGACCCAUCCUUGCGAAAUCAAUGUGCAGAAAUUUCCUUAUGACGACCAAAUCUGCACAUUUUUAAUAAGCUCUUGGAGUUUCAGUAACACGAAUUUGCGGCUGCACACUCCAUACGAUGAAUACGAACUAAAUCAAGAUUUUACAGGCAACACUGAGUGGAAGCUGCUCUCAUUGACUGCUGAGCUCACUAUAGACACAACAUAUGAUGAAGGCGAUUAUGAUACGCUGAUUGUAACAGCCCAUCUCCGUCGUCAUCCUCAAUUCUAUGUGCUAGCAAUCAUCAUUCCUUCCUUCGUCUGCACAUUUCUCUGCCUCAAUGGGCUUUUCCUGCCAAGUGAAAUUAGUGGGUUGAGCAUUGAAAAGGUGUCCCUUGGAGUAUGCACGCUUCUGGCUAUGGCUUUGAUCCUACAAUCUGUCACGAUUACAAUGCCAAAGUCGCAGGACCUUCCGUUGCUUGGUGUCUACGUCCUCUCGCAAACAAUACUCUGUGGCAUAGCUGUCCUAGUGACUUCUAUCUACCUAAUCAUCCACGAAAGAGCUGUCACUCGAAGUUGGGCCCCACCCAGAUGCAUUGCCAACGCUUUUCUUACGAGAGAGUACGACCGGAAAGUGACGCACAAUGACGGAUCUCAGCAAGAUGGCGAGAAGUCUACACGCCUUUCGCCGUAUUUCUGGUGCAUCUCAUCAUUUUUGCGUGAAAGCGCGUCGGAUAGCAGGCUGGAGCGGAUGUGGGCUCGGAUUUUCGACAGAAUCGAUAUCCUCACUCUUAUUAUCUUUCAAGUGGCAAAUGUUAUAAUGACAAUGGUUAUACUGCUGUAG